UCCUCUCCUCUCCUCUCACUACCCCCUCUUCAUAUUUUCCUUCAGGUUCUGUUGAUACUAUAUUUAUUGUUUAUUAGGCUAUAUGUAUUCAAAACAGUUAGGACUAGUAGUCAAACAACGGAAGCCAGUAACAAAUGUUGACUUUUGGAGAGAAAAAAAAACUGUAAAAAAACGAGGAAUCAUCUCAACAUUUUGCUUUAGAGAGAUGGCGGAUUAGGGGGGUUGAGACUGGUUUCAUAUGUCGACAGAAUAACGCACACAGGAGCAGGAAAAGAGAGAGAGGAAGACAGAAGGAGAGGAGAGAAGAGAAGGAGGGGGUUAAGUUCACAAAUUCAAGGAAUUGCAGUUUGAUGGCGUUGUCGGAAGUUUCAAAGAAUGGGGGAAAAAAACUAGCCCGCGGGGGAUCAUAAAGGCGAAAUUGAUGACAAAGUGAUGCACCCAAUAUACAUCCAAGGAUUCAAUUACUGUUGGAAUGACGAGUAUAAAGAACUUUGAUGACGGGGUUUGAAUGUAGUUGAAGAAGAAGCUGAGGUUGCAUAUUUUGGAUUCGCGUUUCCAGUGGAAAUCGGGACGGAGGAAAAAAUGUGGCAGACAGAUACAGAAGGAACGAUGUGAGCGGAGACGAGCAGUGACUUUUAUAAUGUGUAUAAAUAUUUCAAUCACUUUUGGUUUUGCGCAUAUUGCCUUUUUUUUAACGUUUAUUUUUCAAGAGCGGCUCGAACGGAGGAAAAGUUUUGUUUAUUCCAGAAUGGGCAUGGACUUUUAUCGAAAUGUCAGCUGUAGUUUGCCGUUAGUUUUCUGGUAACCUAUUUGAAUACAGUCUUAAAGAAGAUACUCUGUAGCCGAACUCUUCUCACAAUAAUGUCUGAUUUUGAGAGAGAUGCAGCGAGCCGUUAUUGGACGCAACAAUGUGGCCAACUUCAAUGAGGCCUUAUUGUAUUUUUAUUGCAACAAUUGCCAUAAUCGGUAUCCUUGUGGAUUCCAACCUAAAUUCAUUUUCAUUGUAUUUUGCCGUGAAAUAAAUCAAUAAUGUGUUGACAUCGGUUAGAUUUAAGACAAAUAAAAUCAAUAUCUAUUUGAUGGCUUUUUUCCGUUGUUGGUAAAGAUUUUGUUCGGGUUUCCACUCGUACUAUACAGCUCACCCAGGAGGACUGCAUUUUGGUGGAUGAAAGAUUGGAGACCCAUUCUACUGGGGGUCUGGCACGGCACAACGUCUCGAAUCAACGCACCAGUCCCGGGGACAGGCUGCUCGCUCGAGCGCCCGGUGGUCGCCCUACAUGACACCCUGCACUCAGAAGAUCCGGAUUUUUAAGGAUUUAACUCAAUAACCCUGGAAUCUAAUCUGAUUUACUUUUUUUUGUGAGAUAACCCGCAUCGUAUCCUGUGUAGGCUAUGCUGUGCCUGUGUAAACUGUGACCAGGCAGGUAUGCAGUUGAACCGGCCGAAGAGCGCUUUAGUGACGAGCUUCAGCCCGCCGAUGGUCCCGGAGACAGCAGCCAGUAGGAGUACCAGUACCGUUUCCUUCUCCAGACAGUUCAAAACAAUGCGCUUCUCCUACCACAUCAGCAGCGGCAUGCCAAGUCCACAACCGCCGCGCAGCGGGAUACGCCCGUCCUCUUCCAGUCCUCGGCUGAUGACUAAGAGCCUGUCUCUGGAUCCUGGUGCUCACGGUGCCUGCCUCGGGGCCCAUGCCGAUGACUCAGACACCCAGACCCCUCGCCUCAGCUCAGACCCCGGAUCCCUAACCUCCGGGUCCCUUGGUCUGCACCCAUCCAUGCCCCUGCUGUACCCAGCUGGACACGGCUGUAACGGAGGAGACAACGGGAGUGGAACUCCUCAGGAAGUGCCCUCCACCGCCCUCAAGAGACGCCCUCCUCUACCUGGGCCUAAACCACAAGUGCCCCCAAAGCCUCCUCACCUGCAGCAGAGUGCUGGUGCUCCUAGGCCCUGCCCCCGCGUCCCGGACAAGCCCCUCCCACCUCCCCCACCCUGCAGACCUCUGCCUGCAGACCCCAGAGGGGGAGGACCCUGCCGACCGCCGACACUCCCCCGCGCCGAGGGACGCUCCUCCCCCACCGCCUGUGUGCUCUCCCUCAUUGAGAAGUUUGAGAGGGAGCAGAUCAUUGUGGUGCCUGAUAUCAUGGGAGGGGGUCUCUGCAACCCCAGGGUCCCUGAGACAGGACCAGGUGGGGGCCCCUUCUCUCCCCCAGUCUCAGAGCUCACUCCCGGCUGUCUCCACGUGGCCUGCCCUCCUGGUUCCUCUCAAGAGCUGGAUGACCUACCUCAGGGGCUGGCUGUGUUGGCUGGCGUGGUGCUGGGAGAGAAAGUAGGAGAGACAGACAACAUGGAGGAGGAUAAUGAUAAAGAACACGAACUAGGAGCGUUGUGCUCUGCCUCUGACAAGCGCCUGUCCAUGGAGUCCGGUUAUAGCGCCUCAGAGAAACUCACAGACGCCGUGGAGAUAAGGGGGCAGGCGGAGCCAGAAAGCCAAUCAGGGAUCCCCUCUGACAACUUGUCCCUCCUCCAGCCGCAAGCGGACGGCAAACUGGCCAAUCGGGACUCUGGCAUCGACAGCAUCAGCUCUCCGUCCCACAGUGAGGAGCUGUGUUUCGCCGGCGACGAGGACCGGGUCAUCUUCCCCUGUAGUCCCGCCCUCACGCUGCCACGCCUCUCUAGCUCCUCCUCCUGCAGCUAUGCGGAGGGCCCGGGGGGAGAGGGGGCGUCGGCUGAGGGUGGGGGGGAUUCGGAGGGGGACAGUGACUUGGAGGAGGGAAGCGGGGAUGAGACCAUUGAGCUCAUCAACCCUAUGAUGGAUCUCCAACCUCUGGCACUGGCCCUGCCUAAAACAGACAGACAGGACUCUACAGAGCUGUCGGUGCAGCAGCGUGUGUUCAACAUAGCCAAUGAGCUCCUCCACACAGAGAAGGCCUAUGUGUCUCGGCUGUACCUCCUGGACCAGGUGUUCUGCUCCUCCCUCCUAGAGGAGGCGCGCUCCCGCUCCUCCUUCCCUCUAGACGUGGUCAUGGGUAUCUUCUCCAACAUCUGCUCUAUAUACUGUUUCCACCAGCAGUUCCUGCUCCCCGCCCUGGAGAAGCGCAUGGCGGAGUGGGAUGUGAACCCGCGCAUCGGGGACAUCCUGCAGAAGCUAGCCCCCUUCCUGAAGAUGUACGGAGAGUACGUGAAGAACUUUGACCGGGCCAUGGAGCUGGUCAACACCUGGAUGGAGAGGUCGUCCCAGUUCAAAGCCAUCGUCCACCACAUCCAGAGAGAGGAGCGCUGUGGUAACCUGACCCUACAGCACCACAUGUUGGAGCCGGUUCAGAGGAUCCCUCGCUACGAGCUGCUGCUGAAAGACUACCUGCACCGUCUCCCUGGCGACCAUGAUGACUUUAAGGAUGCACAGAAAUCUCUGGAGUUGAUCGCCACAGCGGCAGAGCACUCCAACACAGCCAUCAGAAAGAUGGAGCGUAUGCGUAAACUGCUGAAGGUGUAUGAGUUGCUGGGAGGAGAGGAGGACAUCGUUAACCCUACCAACGAACUCAUCAAGGAGGGACACAUCCUCAAACUAUCGGCUAAGAACGGCACCUCACAGGACAGAUACCUCAUCCUGUUCAAUGAUAGGUUAUUGUACUGCGUCCCUAAACUGAGGUUGAUUGGUCAGAAGUUUGGUGUGAGAGCCAGGAUUGAUGUGGAUGGGAUGGAGCUGAAGGAGAGCAGCAGUAUUAACGUUCCCAGAACCUUCCUGGUGUCUGGAAAACAGCGAUCACUAGAGCUCCAGGCCAGGACUGAAGAAGAGAAGAGAGAUUGGAUCCAAGCUAUCCAGGCCACUAUCCAAAGACAUGAACAGACGCUUGCCACGUUCCACCAUCUCAACUGUUCUCUCCGAGAUGAGGACUACACUCCUCCCAACUCACCUAACUGUAAUGAGCUGGGGAAGCGUGCCCCCACUCCGAUCCGUGAGAAGGAGGUGACUCUGUGUAUGAAGUGCCAGGAGCCGUUUAACUCCAUCACCAAGAGACGUCACCACUGCAAGGCCUGUGGACACGUGGUGUGUGGAAAGUGUUCAGAGUUCAGGGCCCGUCUGCUCUACGACAACAACAGGGCUAACAGGGUGUGCAUCGACUGCUACACCACCCUAGUGGGGGUUCCCCCCUCCCCCGCCAGUCUGACAAGCAGCGCAUACAGAAGACGGUCAAUAUUAGAGAAACAGGCGUCGGUGGCAGCAGAGAACAGUGUGAUGUGUAGCUUCCUCCACCACAUGGAGAAGGGAACAGGCAGAGGCUGGCAGAAAGCCUGGUUUGUCAUCCCAGAGAAUGAACCACUGGUGCUGUACAUAUACGGAGCUCCUCAGGAUGUGAAAGCCCAGCGCUCUGUCCCUCUGAUUGGCUUCGAGGUCUCCCUUCCUGAGUCAUGUGACCGCCUGGAACGCCGCUUUGCCUUCAAAAUCAGCCAAUCACACCUUACGCUCUACUUCAGCGCCGACGGGGAGGAGCUACAGCGCCGCUGGACAGAGGUCCUAUCACGUGCAGGGAGAGGGGAGGAGCUACAGGCUCAUGGUUCAAUAAUAGAGACCCUAGAGGAGGAAGGGGAGGAGACUGCAACCUCGGGAGAAAAUACGUGAUUGGUUAGAAGGCGUAAAAUCAGUAUUAGAUCAUCUGCUGUAUACACAUAAAAACUACAAACUACAAACUGUACAGAUCAUGAGCAUAACAAUAGUCUACGCACAGUCUAAAACGUACAAACACACACACACACACACACACACACACACACACAGAUUUACAGACACACACACAGACACACACACACACAGACACAGAC